UUACCUCGACUUCCUGGUGCUUCGUUGAUACCUUAUCCUUCUGGAGUCAAGAGGCGAUGAGUUUGGACAUGGAGCCGAAAAUACUGAUCGAGCCAGACGAAGCCGGCGUCGUGCAGCAGCUUGCGAGAACGAUAGAGGAGUACGCAAAGGAGGCUAUCGACGACGAGGACGUUUUCAAGAUUGGACUUUCCGGUGGCUCGAUGGUAAAAUUCCUUGCAGAAGGUUUGCCUAUGAUCAAGAUGGACUGGAGCAAGUGGCGGUUCUUCUUUUGUGACGAAAGGGUCGUUACCUUUGACAAUCAGGAUUCGACUUUUGGCCUCUACAGGAGCCAACUUAUAGAAAAAAUUCCUAUUUCUGAAAGUCAGUUUAUCAAGAUCAACCCUGAUCUUUCAGCUGAGGCAGCAGCCAAGGAUUAUAUACAAAAAAUGUCAGUGUUUUUUCCCCCUGACAGCAUACCUAGAUUUGAUGUUUUGUUGCUUGGCAUGGGUCCGGAUGGACACACUUGUUCUCUAUUUCCCAAUCACCGAUUAUUACAUGAGACUAGCUUGUGGGUUUCACCAAUUAAUGACUCCCCUAAGCCACCAACGUCCAGGAUAACUCUUACAUUUCCAGUUAUCAAUAAUGCAAGAGCAUGUAUCUUUGCAGCUACUGGUUCUAGUAAAAAGGAGAUGAUCAAACGUGUAUUAAAAGAUAAAGACAAAAGUUUACCUGCAGCCAGAGUGCAGCCAACAAAUGGGACUCUUUUCUGGAUUUUGGACAAAGAUGCAGCAGUGGACUUAUAGUCUAUUCACAUUACUAAAAAAACGUGAUAUUGCAUUCCACUUUGUAACUUAUUUUCUCUACACACGUCAGGCUGACAAAUUUAUAUGUCUGUGUAAACGAUAAUUUUUGUAUGAUAUAGAAGAAAAAAAAAAAAAACGGAGAUAGAUAGACGAGUCGUAUAUUUACAUGUUAUAUGUUAAAUGAAAUAGCUACUGAUAAAAAAGAAAGUUAAGCGUGUCGUUUUCACGUACGCGAUGUAUCAUCUGUUUUUAUGGCCUAAUUGUUGAUAUUUUUUUUUUUU